UAUUUUAUUUUCUCUCUGACAGCAAAUGCAGACACAUUACGCAUUCCUGUUGGAGGACAGCUCGUUUAUGACACGACGUCAAAAACAGCAGACCUUUGCCUCUCACCGCACUUGUGUCCACCGUGUGUCCUCGAUGCUCUUUGCCAUCAGGACAAAAAGCCUAACCUGGGUACUACUGCCGCAACAUAUUCAACUGAACUGUCCUCGUCAUCCACUUCACCAUCCCCUACGGCAACGACAUCUUCUAGUACCGGGUUAACCUCGACAGCGUCGGCUCCAACCACUGAAACCACUGCACCGACUGAAGGACCGGCCAGCAGCACACCAGCGCCGACUCCAUCGAGUAGUACCACAGAGAAGACACAGCCAUCAGCUUCUCAGGUGACAUCCGCCACGGAAACUACGGAAGCAACGGAAUCAACAUACACUGCUAGUACAUACCCUACAAUUCCAACAACAGUUGGUGGUGGAAUGGAACAGGGAGGAGGUGAGCUGUUCCUUCUUGUAUUUCCGUUUUAGACAUUUAAGGUAUGUUCUAGAAUUUUUUUUUUUUAGAGGACCCUUCUGAAAACCACCACUAGGUGAUUGGAGGCCUCCUCUUAGAAUAUUUAUUUAUUGCUUAUUAUUUACUGUUAUAAGAAGGUUUAUCAAUUUAUAAAAUUUCCUUGCAUGGCGAAAUAACUAUUCGUAUUCAUCUCUGCGUUGGGUGACUCCCAAGGAGGAAUGGAGUCACUGUCGACCACUCAAUUUCCGAUCUUUUUGUUGUGCUAGUAGUUGUUUGGUAGCAUAGGUAUGUUCGUAAUGCCAGUCUAGUACACAAUUUACCAUCAACAUUCAAGUUAGCAUCAAAUGUCCGUUUUUAUUGACAUUGGACAUUUUCACUUUUCAUUUAAGCAAUGUCAUUUACACUGAGAGAGAAUUUCGAUUCUAGUCUACUAAGCCAAAGCUUAAGUCGCACACAGCUAGGCCACUGGCCCACACCUUUGGAGCGUAACUUGGUUUCUGUAGCAUGAAGCGUAGUAUUUCUAAGCCGAAGUGAGCACGCAGCAUCCAGUACAUGAUACCGUCAGGGAGGAAAAGCCAGCGAGGAAGUUGAGUGUCUUGUCAGAGUGCGACAUCAUGACCCCAACCAGCGCUCGAAACCUGGGCGUUUGCGCAGAAUUUUCUGAGCCAGCAAUUUGGCUACCUGUGUCACCCAAUUUAAUCUGCAUGCAUAUCUGUAAUUGAACAAGAGAGGGAAAAGAGACAGAGAAAAAUGAAAUCCAGUUUUUUUUUAAACAUAAACUAAAAGCCUCUACUUUUGCCGUGACAGAUUUUCUCCAAGUUGGCUUAAAAGAACAUAACAAGUAUCGUAAAAUACACAAUUCACCUGAAUUAACUCUGAGCUCACUGCUGAACAGAGAUGCACAGUCGACUGCAGAGAGAAUUGCGUCUCAGGGAAAACUUGCCCACACUGACGACGUGGAGUUAAAUGGACAAGGAGAAAAUCUAGGGAAACUUUGUGCCACAGAUGAGACUCCAGAGGAGAUCAUCUCAAAAGUUACGGAGAGAUGGUAAGUAAGCAUAUCAGGAUAAUUUUUUCCUCACGAUUUAUAUCACAGAUUCACCAUUGGUCUUGAUGUUCUAUAGUUAGUGGAAAGACAACUAGAUUGAGUGUGGUGUCUUUAGGUACACAUGUACGGCCGAGUUUCCUGACUGAGACAAGUAUUUAUGACUUUCAAUGACUUGCCUUUAAACACUCAUGACUAGCUGUUUGUGAUCCCUUGGUGACCAUUAACAACCCCCUCCUCUCUCUCCACUAGCUUUCAGAUAAACGCUCCGCUGUUAGGAAAGUUAGAGAGAUGAAUAUGUACAUGGGCAUGAUUAUUCUUCAUGGAGAAGCCAUUACAUACCCAACG